AUGAAAAGUAUAAAAAAACAGAAAAAGGAACAGAACCUUGCCUACAAGAAAAAAUAUUUUGUAGUCAGGCAUGGCCAAAAUAGUACAGUGGAGAAUCCUGUGAUUAUAAAGGAAUCACUUAUUAUUCUCUCAGAUGAAUUAGUACAUAAUGCUAAGGCUGUCCAUGCUUUCACAGAUCAGCUAAAUUUUCAUAACAAUGUGAACAACAUCCAGGCAAGAAUUACCAAGACAUUCAGUAAAGCAGUACGGUCCGAGAAGGCAGCUCUUGCUACAAUAUAUGGUGCAUUAUCUGGCCUUGGAGAACUAGGAGCAGAGGUGAUAAAUGCAUUUGUACUGCCCAACCUGAAGAUGAUUGGAGAACGUGUUAAAAUGGCCCUGGAAUGUCCGGUAAUGAACAGUGCUGAUAGAAUAGCAGCAGAAAAUAUUAAGAAAAUUGCUGCAAAAUACAUACCUCCAGUUCUGAAGACCCACAGACCCUCUACAGAUACAGUUGAAGAUUACCUUAAUGAGUUUGGUUAUCUUGGACCAUUACUUCAUGCUGCAGUUGCUAAGGAAAGAUCAGCUUCAGCAUCCAGUAUAAACAUACUGCAGAAACCAACCAUACAUUUACCUCAGCAAGGAAAACCCCAUAUUCUCAUUGGAACUCCUGGUACAGUACCCGGCUCUGCCCCUCAGACACCAACUUCAGCCAGGAUUCAGCAGACCAGCAUUACAAUUCCUCGGACCCCUACAACUCCUAAUUUAACUGGAAACACUGCUCAAAAAUUUGUUAUCAUGCAGCAGCAGAGACCGGGCACGCCAGUUCAGCCUGCUGGAACUUCUCUUGUUAAAAUGCUGCCUACAACUGUACAAACUGGACAGCAAAGUGGGAUAACUCCAUCUUCAGCUGGAGGGCAGAAGGUGGUAGUGAUGUCCCUUCCACAGACUGUGUCCACACCACAACUCAAUCAGCAAAUACCAGGAACCAGUAGUGAUGUUGGAAUGAAAUCUGUCUUCACAACCGGGGACCAGACACAGACUCAAGUCUCGAUAUUGAAAACUGAACCAAACACUUGAAACUCCAGAAAUACUAUGAUGUAUAUAUAUGUUCAGAGAGAUCAUAUGGCAGCAGACUAUCUAAGAAGUUUCUGCAGUUCUUUUGUUUGUUUUGUGUUUAAAACGCGAUUUUCAACAGUAUUUCAGUCAUGUAACGGUGGGCAAUUAACCUAACCAGUGUUUCUGGAUUCUGUAUUAGUACAAACCUGUUCUCCGCAAGUAACUGCCAACUUCUUUUGUUUGUUGCAAUAUAUUACUAAAUAGCAGUUUUGUAUUGAACUAGCCCCAAGAGUUCUGUAUUGAACUAGCCCCAAGAAAAGAACUUGUAAACGAUUCUUUCCAUGUUAUUAACAGGGAGUUUGUUCUUAAUGAUUUGCACUCUGAAGUAUGAUACAAUUGGACUGGGGUCCAUUUGGCACAGGAGUUUGUUCUUCUUUCUGUUUAUUGGAAUACAAAACAAUAUCCUUUAUCCGUAUUCAUUUAUCCUUUAUAGAAAGUUGCAUUUAUCCAGUGAUUUGUUUAGGACCAACCAUAAAUAUUAUUGUUUCCCCUCCCGCAACCUAUAAUGUAUGCCAUCAUAAAAGCUUGAGUAAUGAAUGUAACAUAAGGAGAUUGAUUUAAUUCAGGGUGUUUUGUUUUGAAUACAUUAACAUACAAAGUAUGUUAUAAUAUGUUCUGUAAAACUAGCCUGUGCCUGUUUCUGUUUCAUAAUAACGCCAUAUUUUUCAGUUGUAAACAGUUUUGCAACACAUGAAUCUGCACUCUGUAUCAUCAGCUUUUCAGUCUUAAGACACUUUUUACAGUUCGAACUACAAUAUCUUUCCUAUAAAAAGUUUUGAAAUAAAUACAAUAACCAGGUAGUGGCAAUUUUUGCAGAUAGGAAGUGGGAGAGGAAACCGUGAAUAUUUCAUUUGGAAAAUGUUGUCGGGUUCUUCCCUGAAACUAGCUAUAUAUGAUAACUCUAUAUAUAUAAUUGCCUUUUAAUCACUGUUUUAGGCAACAGUUGGAAUGACGUGUUGCUCUCCCUGUCAAAUUCUCAGCAACUGUCUGUCAAAAUUUCAAUAAAAUUUAUGUUGAAACCAAUCUAAGAACAUAUUUAUUUUUUUUGCUUCACCAAGAUCCAAAAACACAUCGUUUAAAGGUAUCCAGUGUAUGAAAUAGGAAUUUCUGGUAACUGAGUUUUAAAAUUGUUAGGUGCUUAAUAAUAGAGAUAUAGAACAUCAAUUUUUCAAAGUAUCAAAUUGGAAAAUCUAGCAUUUGAAUUCUUAUUUCUUCAAAUAACCAAACAUUCAUUAACAAAUGUGUACUUUACGAAUAUCAUUUAUUCUAACACGACCCGAUUCAUUUCGCUAUUAUACAAUGAAAACUUGGGCUCUAUGAUUGUAUAACACAAGACUUAGUACUGUUUAUACAUCUUGGUAAUGUGUUAGAAACAAAAAAAGUAUAAUUUGCUUGAAUAAAA